AUGGAAAUAGAUGCUUAUGAUACUAUGAAAACUAAAGUGAGGACUUAUAACCCGGAAAAUACUAUUAUUUAUAGAGUGAAUAAUUUGAAAGAAUUUAACGUUGAUAAACUUAUAGAUGCAGUCGAAGAGAGGAUUGGACUUGGAAAUUGCUAUGGAUGUGUUCCUAGAUAUCCGGAUUGUAUCGAAGUUACCGUAGACUCAGCUGAAAAUGCAACGAUUAUUUGUGAUGGAGUAGAAGUAGACAAGAAAUUCAUAUGUGGAGAGAUUCUGUACUCGAAGUAUGUAGUGGUAUCCAUUCUAAACCUACCAACGUAUAUAGAAGAACAGGUUAUAAUUGACAAGUUGGAAAAUUUUGUUGAAGUAUGUGGUCCUAUUAGACGCAAAUUCUACCGAAACAACAAGAGCUGCACAGACGGGACAAGGGUAUGGGAAUAUUUCAUCGCAUACAAUAAGGCUCAUUUUAUACAAAUGCACAGUGCUAAAAGACUUAUUUUUGUUAUUUCAUAUUCUUUUGAUAUAGUAGAGUUAUAUACAAUAGGGUAA